CUGCUCUGUAGUUAAUAUUUAAAUUCUCAGAUGAUAAUCAUCAUUACCACUUUUAAUUACAGUUUAAUCUCUCAUUAGAAGAUCACUUUCUCUUUCUAUCCUCCAUUUGGUUUCUCUCUAUAUAUUACUAAUUCCAAACAAGUACAAUUUUUUUAAUGAAACUGUGAUGCAAUGGAAGGUGGUAACCGGAGGAGGCUUACGCUUUUUGAGCAGAUUUCGGCGGUCGAGAACGGCCGGGAUGCUCUGGCCGGUUUAACUCUCGACGCCGUUUUGGGAAACGCUAAGCGGCCUGAGCAACCGCCUGCUCAGAACCGUACCCUUCUGGAGAUUAUACGAGACGAUGGUUCCAACAAGGGGAAGAAGAGUUGGAAAGCGUUAAGGGACAAGCUCCGGCUCAAGCGACUGGCGGUGUCUGCUCGGACCUCCUCGGUUCGUAUCCCGGCUUCUGAUGUUAUUGUUAAUGAUAAUAAUAGAUCCCAGUUCUCGCGGCAAGGUUCGUUUCGUUCUCACUCGGCUGACCCGACUGGUGUUGAGGACCGAGGAGGAAGUGCUCCUGUUUCUGACCCGACGGUUAUGAACUCUAGGCCGCAAUUGGCGCGGUUUGGUUCGGGUCGGUUCGUGCAGGAUCACGAGUCAGAAAUUAGCCGUCAACAUUUGACUCCUUUUCCUUCCUCGAACAACGCCAGGAACAACGCUGACAGCAGCGAAGACGAGGACGACGACUCUCCUGUGGCGCGUGAUGAAACGCGCCGACUUGGAGCGGCAUUAGAGGAGGAGAGGGCGUUAUCUGCGAGAGAAGCGGCGGCGGCACAGGAAGCGGCGACGGUGGCAGAGACCAAUGCUAGGCCAAUUGGUUCCACCGAGGAGCCGGUGAGGAUGUCAUUGAUGGACUUUUUGGAAGAAACAGAGCGACAAAUGGGCCUGACGGGAUCGAAAUGCACGACGGGCGACGCCGACGCCGAUGACGAAGAAAACGAGGAGAAAGACAAGGCGGAAGGGAGCGGCGGGAUGGAGCAGACGUGUUGCGUGUGCAUGGUAAGGCAUAAAGGUGCGGCGUUUAUUCCAUGCGGCCAUACGUUUUGCCGGCUUUGUUCAAGGGAGCUUUGGGUUCAGCGAGGGAAUUGCCCGCUUUGCAAUGGCACAAUCCAGGAAAUUCUUGAUAUCUUUUGAUAAUUUUCUCUCUCUCUCUCUCUUUUUUUUUUAUAGAAUUUUAGUAAUUAUUUUUUCAAUAUCAGUAACUUAAAAUCAUCUCUCCCAUAUCUCCCAUAUCUCCGAUUGUGGAGAAAUUCUGUAAACAACAGUUCUUCUCUUCUCUUCCGCUUGUUUUUCCUUUUUUUUUUCCAAUUAUUGUGUGCGAUUUUUAUAUAAUCUUUGAGAUGAUAAAAAAAGAGACGAUGUUGCUUUCAA